CUCUGGUAUAACUUCAUAUCGAACGAAGCAGCAACGGAAUAAGCGAAAGCAAAAUUUCCGAAUUUAUAAAUGGAAAAAGUCUAGGCCUUUUGGCAAAUAAAAGUGAAAAUAUAUUACAAAACAUAAAAUUUCUGUAAAUCCGUUGUUAAAUUUAUAACAGAAAGUGCAAUAACGUCUCGCUUAAAAAGUUCACAGUGCAAAAAAAAAAAUAAAAUAAAAAUUGCUAUACAAGAAAGUGUAAAGAAAUAGACGUGAGAAGUAGAAAAUAACCAACAACCCAGGGUGUAAAAAGUGAAAAUAUAAUACAUUUCCAAUUAGAAACAUUUGUGAUUUAUAAAUCUCGGCAUAUCUUUAGCAACGCAUCUAAAACAGCGUAAAAAAUGGGUAAUGAAACCUCUCUGCCCAUGGAGAUGUGCUCCAACUUUGAUGCUGAUGAGAUCAGACGUUUAGGCAAACGUUUCCGCAAACUCGAUUUGGAUAAUUCGGGGGCACUGAGCGUAGAUGAAUUCAUGUCCUUACCGGAAUUGCAACAAAAUCCUUUGGUGCAGCGUGUCAUCGAUAUUUUUGAUGCGGACGGUAAUGGCGAAGUCGAUUUCAAGGAAUUCAUACAAGGCGUGUCACAGUUUAGCGUUAAAGGUGACAAACUAUCAAAAUUGCGUUUCGCUUUCCGCAUCUACGACAUGGAUAAUGAUGGUUACAUAUCGAAUGGAGAGCUUUUUCAAGUGUUAAAAAUGAUGGUGGGCAAUAAUCUGAAAGACACACAAUUACAGCAAAUUGUUGAUAAAACUAUUUGCUUCGCCGACAAAGAUGAGGAUGGUAAAAUCUCCUUCGACGAAUUUUGCUCCGUGGUCGGUAACACAGAUAUACACAAAAAAAUGGUUGUUGACGUUUAAGGUCGCUUUCUGAGAACACUAUUAAUGCUACACUUUAUAUAAUACCAAUAUAUUUUAUAUGAAUUUAAACAUUUGUACUUUGGAAACUACUUUAAAUUGUUCUUAAUUAUUAUUUGUUUUGUUAAAUCUCGAAAUAAUUGUACACACAUUUUUUAAGCAAACUAAUAUUUUUUAAAAAGUUAUGUUGAAUACUUUUUUAAAGUUUCUUAAAGAAUAUUAGCGUGUUUAUAUAAAAUGUUUGCGCGCAUAUACCAAACAUUAAGCUUUGUUAAACAACAACAAAAGCUGUUAAUAAAUAUAGCAAUGAAGGCAUUGAAAAGAGCACCAUAUGCAUAUAUAUAGAGUAUAAUUUUAACUAAAAUUCAUAAACUAAAGCAAAUCAUAGUGAAUACAGCAAAUAAAAGCAUUACAAACUUCUAAAAACUUAGAAUUGAACACGAAAAUUCGACUUGAGAGGUUAUUAACUAAUCUGAGUAUAAUUACUUAUUUCUAUAUAUCAGUCGAACUCCAUAUGUUAAUAAAAAGAGUUACGCUGUUGAAAAGGUUAAAAUCAUGAACAAGAAAAAAUGCUAGAAUCACCACCAUAUUGUAAUAUAUACAUGCAAAUACACACACAUACUUAUAUGUAUGUAUAUGCAUAUAAAGCCAAAAUAUUUAUAUUGUAUAUUAUGUUGCACCUAGAGCAAUUAAAGCUAUAAUGAUUCUAAGAAAAAGUGCAAUAUCAGAAUUUAGUAAUUUUUAUUAGACAAAUUUCUAUGAACCGUUAUAAUUAUUAACGCCAUAUAAAUCUCAACUUGCAACUCAGUUAUAUUUUGAAGUACUUUUCGAAAACUUUUGCCAUUUAAUUUUGAGAUAUAUGUAUAUACAUACAUACAUAUAUAUAUUUUUUUUAACUAGCUAGUCAAAUACAUUUCUGUUAAUAAAAAAUAUUUAAGCAUAUAUACUGCAGAUUCAUAUAGGUCAAAACUCACACAUACUUGUCACGUACAAAUUCGCAGCAAUAAAAUUAAUUAUUUGUAAUUCUA